AAAAAGAAAAAAAAACAGAAAUGGAAUCCACGCGCCCCAAAAUGCAAGUGCGCAACACACAAGAGCCCAAAUCGAGAGAGAGGAGAGGAGAGAGGAGUCCAGCGAGAGUCCAUCCAUCCACCCCUCGUGACGUGAGGGGGCCGCACCGCCGCUCGCCGCUCGCCGCUACCCCAUCCGCCGCCGCCGGCCGCCGACGAGGUUCGGGGGGGCGCGAUGGCGUCGGGGGUGUCGACGAGCAUGGUGCUGACGCUGCUCGGCUUCUGCGGCAGCGUCCUCUUCAUCGUCUUCGUCUGCACCCGCCUCGCCUGCUCCCUCCUCCGCCGCCACCGCCGCCGCCGCCGCGCCCGCCUCCCCGCCGCCUCCUCCCACUUCCUCUCCUCCGUCUACGUCGUCGACCACCACCGCCACCUCCCCCCCUCCGGCCUCGACCCCGCCACCGUCGCCGCCUUCCCCACCCGCGCCUUCCUCGGUGCUGCCCCACGCGGACACGCCUCGGCCUCCUCCUCCUCCUCCUCCUCCGACGCCGCCGCCCAGUGUGUUGUCUGUCUUGCAGACUAUGAAGAGAAAGACGUACUUCGUAUUCUUCCUUACUGUGGCCACAAUUUUCAUGCGUUGUGCAUAGAUAUUUGGUUGAUGCAGCACUCAACAUGCCCGGUUUGUAGAAUUUCAUUGUGUGACUACCCUGAUAGCAAGCAGACAAUGUCUCCUCUACCAAGUGAAGUGAUAAUACCUCCAUGUUCCCCUGAACCAUCAAGGUCAGAUCAAUGCAAUUGCCUGUUUGUCGGCACGGGGCAUUCACCAAGGACAUCUCAGGUUCUUAUAAAUGAACCUGACCAGUCGAAUCGGACAUUAUAUAGUCCAUCAGUGGAAGGGGAUAACAACUUGCCAUCAUCUGAAGUUAAUCCUCCUGGUGAAAUUAACAACCAAACAAUGAAAAAGCAUGUGGAGAAUCAUCGUAUUCAAGACAGAUCAUGAUCUACCUAGCUAAGAUCCUGCAAGUGACUGUUGUGCAGUCUGCUGUCUUCAGGGUAAACUACAUGUAAAAUUAUAAGCAGCAAUACAGGUGGAUUCAUGGAUGGCUGUUAUAGGACAUAGGUUACUUUGAAGGAUGUAAAUAUGAGAAAAUUGUUCAGGUUUCUUGUUAGAAAACACAUUUAUUUGUUAAUCAUAUUCAAGGGCUCAUUGCAUUAAA